AUGGCUGCCGCUUUGCUGGGUUCCGGCGGGUGGUGGGACAGUUUGUGGCCCUGUUAUAGCUGCUGCCGGAAGAUCUGGAUACCCUCAUCCGGACAGUUCAGCCCCCAAUGCCUCGGUGUCGUCGCACACAUCCCGUUCUGGGUCGCCAUCUUGGCAGUAACCCUCCGCUACGGCCUCGGUCCGGCCUGGUCUGCCUACCGGCCCGUCUGGCUGCGCAGGUUCGCCGCUGAGCAGGAUGAGCUCUCGUCUAAUGUGUCCGACCAGGAGUCCGGCGCGGGGUCGGCCGGCCGGAAGUCCUGGACGGCUUGGACGCUGUCUCUUUUGUUCCUGAAUGUGGGCGCUGCCGCUUUGGGAGCCUUUGGUGCUUUGGUCUGGCCAGAGCACGCUCAGUUGUGCAUGACGCCUAUUAUCCCUUGUCGCCCUCGGGUUGUCCCGGGGGCUGUGUUCGUCAUUAACAGCGUCCUGCUCUUUGUGGUAGCGAGCAUACUGGCUCUGAUGCCUGAUGCGCUCUCUGGCGGCUGGCCUCGCAUCAUUUCCUGGGUAGCUGGAGUUGCCCUGCCCCUUGCAUCCAUCAUCCUGAUGCUCAGCAUGCCCAUGAGGGACCCCUUAUUGGACAGCACGGGCAUCGGGAAGCCGUCCGACGAACCAACCGCCAAGCUCCGCAGUCCCGAGGAUAUCAUAACUCUCUGGCAAUGGAUGACGGUCUCUUUGAUGGGACCCCUCAUCAAAAUCGGCUAUAAGCGGCAGCUCCUUUCUGGCACCGUAUUUGUCAGACUGCUGAAGGCCAACGGCGUCGAUCUCCUCAUCACCACGUUCCUCGGGGUUCUUGAAACAUCCCUCGAGUUGGCGGACCCCGUCUUGCUCAAGCAACUUCUGGGUGCGUUAACCGCCCAGGAGCCGGAUGUCCGGGCCGCCAUCGUGUACGCCGGGAUCACCCUAUUCGCGAGGCUUGUCAAAACCCAGUCGGGUGUCUUCUCACUGUGGUACUGCCGCCGCAACUACGAGCGGUCCCGAGGCGAGCUGAUCACUAUGAUCCACGACAAGACGCUCAGAAGGAAGGCUUUCACCAUCCCGAGCGGCCAUGACCUUCCCGCGGAGCAGCCAGAAGACCAACAAGAGGAUUCCUCCUCCUCUUCUACGCCGGGCAUCUCCACCUCGACCACCCUCACCGACGAUGAGUCCAGCAACCACGAUUCCACCGACGCCGACGCGGAUUCCACCAGCUCAGAGCCCACCAAAUUCCAAAAGCUUCGCUCCCUCGUCCACCGCGGCUACGCCAGCCUCAACCCCAGACCCAUCCCACCCCCAGCAACAACCACCACCACCACCACCCCCGACACCCCCUUCACCCCGGCCUCCACAGGCAAGGUCCUCAACCUCCUCCGCAACGACUCCUACGAAGUGGCCCAACGCUUCUGGGAGGCGCCCAACCUAACCACCAAACCGCUCAACUUCCUGCUCUCCCUCUUCCUGCUCUGGCGCAUUCUCGGCCCAGCCUCCCUCUUCGGCAUCCUGAUCCUGCUCGCGGGCAUGGCGCUCAACGUGCUCCUCAUGCGUCUACUCCUUGCCAUCGAAGCGCGUCCGCCGCGAGGUCACCGACGCCAAGCUCCAGCGCCACCUCCCAGUUCGUCCGAGGCCAUCCCGCCACUUGCGGUGGUAUUGCUUGGCAGGAAUGCGUUGGUUGGAUACCAUUAUGGAGGAGUCCGACGGGCGGAGCUGAGGAAGAGGGUGCAGAGUAAUGUGGUGGGGAAGGGCAUUGCUAUGGUGAAUAUGACGACGGCGUAUUUGUUUCCUGUGGCGGGGUUUUGGGCGUAUACGGUGGUUAGUGGGAAGGAGUUGACGGUGGAUGUGGCGUUUCCGGCGCUGGAUUUGUUUGGCAUGCUGCAGAAUAGUUUGAGGGAGCUGCCGGAUCUGGUGACGAUUUUCUUGAACUCGAGGGUGGCGAUGGGGCGGAUUGAGGAGUUUAUGCUGGAGCCGGAGAAGGAGGAGGAUCUGGAGGUGGAUCUGAUCGGGCUGGGGGUUGGGGGCGAGUUUGGCUCUGCUGGGGGAGCUGGAGAUCGUGCUCAACGAUGCGACCUUCUCGUGGCCGGGGGCGACGAAGAACGUGCUGAGGGAUGUGUCCAUCACAUGCGGGCCGGGCUUGACGGUCGUGUGUGCAUCCGGCAAAACAUUCUCUUCUCGGCUGUCUACGACAAGGCUCGGUUCGAGCAGGUCAUCGAUGCCUGCUGCUUGCGCGACGACCUCAACAUGUUCCGGUGCAAGGAUCUUACGUUGAUUGGGGAGAAUGGUGUUGGACUGUCCGGCGGUCAGAGAGCUCGUGUGGCGCUUGCCAGAGCAGUGUAUAUGUCAGGCCCGCAUCUUGCUGCUCGACGACCCCAUCGCGGCCUGGUGGAUCACCAUACGGCUACCGCUAUCCUGAAGAAUCUCUUUGGCGCCAAGAACUCGCCCCUGAUGGCCGGUCGGCUGGUCAUUUUUGUCACGCACCGUGUGGAUAUCGUCACGCCCUACGCCUACCAGAUCAUCGAGGUUGACAAGGGAGGCCGCGUGGAGAGCUUUGACAAGAAGGACCUGGAGAACAACGAGGAGGAGCUCGAGCACCUGGCCGAGAUCGCCGAUGCCGCCGCUUCGGGGGGUGAGACCACGGCAGCAGUGGAAGAGGAUGAGCCCAUCCCGGACAAGUUCAUCGAAGACGAGCACCGUGUCCAUGGAGGCGUCUUGGCUUCUGUUUACUGGCAGUAUGUCAAGGCUGGGAAGCUUCGGUGGUGGGUCACCAUGGUUGGUUUCUUCACCCUGUUCCGCAUCGCCAAGAUCGGGUACUUCUGGUUCCUCAAGGAAUGGGGCGAGCAGUACCCGGGCACACCGGAGGUGCCCCCUCCCGGUGGUCUGGGCUAUGGGCUGGAGUAUGCACCGUCUGUGGCUGCCUCACAGCGCAUUCUCCAACGGCAGAGCGUGGCAGAUCCCGGCUGGUUCGACCUAGGGGGUUACCUACCUCCACCCAGCGAGAACGUCCAGCCGUGGCUCUUCGGGUUUCUUCAUCCUGUCUAUGAUCCAGGUGUUCACUCAAACUAUGUCAGAUGCGGCGCUUGUGGUCAUCAUCUACAAAGCCGGCAAGAACCUCUUCGAGAGAGCCAUGCACCGAGUAACCAACGCCACCUUCCGGGGUUCUACGACGUGACACCGGUUGGUCGGCUGAUGAACCGCCUGACGUCGGACAUGGGCACCAUCGACGGACAGAUCGCAGGGCAACUGAUGUCAGUAGCAUGGUACUCGCUCGGCUGGCUCACCUCGAUGGCCGUGAUCUCCACAACAACGCCCACCUUUUUGGUCAUCAGCAUCGCCAUGACGGCCCUCUUCGUCUUCAUCUUUGACCGCUUCCUGCCGGCUUCACAGUCUCUACGCCGCCUCGAGACCGUGUCAUUGUCACCGCUGUUCUCCAACUUCGGCACCCUCGUCGAAGGACUAACCACGGUGCGCGCGUUCCGCUCCGAGCCCCAUUUCCAAAACCGCAUCAUCACCAGCUGCGACGCCUUCCAAAAGAUGGACCACAUCCGAGCCAACUGGUGUUGGAAACGACAUUCAGAUGGAAAGAUGGGGAGAGAGAAUUGA